AGCACUGACAUCGUCAUUGAUCCUCCAUCUCCCAUCAAACGACACGUGAAGUGGAAGCUAGCCCGCACCAAGAAAACUGGUGACAUGACAUCUGAAGCAGCAAAGGAAAUUGCUGACAAGAUUGAUGCGCUUGAGGAGCAGGCCUCACAGGGUUCCUUUGUUACCCAUGGACGUCAUGAUAUACUGACUGCUGCCAUUGGGCGACCAGAACACCCUGGUCGUGUGCGUGCUGUAGGAGCCGGUAUAACCAUCAAACAAUACUUUGGAUCAGCUUCAAGGACCUCCUCCAUUGCUCCCGAAUACCUGCAACAGUUGACGCAACAAAUCAAGGACCAACUAGAGGAUUCAAUCACAGAAAAAGUCACUCGACGGCUAAUGUUAUCCCUCAGCCAAAUGCAAUCACAGGGACUUGCACUGCCUCCUGAACCUGAUGUUGGUCCUUCAGCUGCUCGUGUCAGCACAAAGGAGAGUUGUGUUGAUCCCUCAGGGAACGAUCUAGACACCGGUGACUCAUACAAAUGUGGGUUGUAUAUUGAAGAAUAUUCUUCUCGCCUGGUUGCCCUGGGAAGAGUUUAUGAGGGAUCUACAACAAUUCACAACAUUCCCUUGCUGCAUGAUCAAGUUAAGGUUGGUGUUGAGGAGAUUAGAGAUGUAGAUGCUCCCAUUCCUGUACCCACUAAAGAGGUUAAGGUCAUGGGACAGGCUCUUAACACAUUCCUUGCUUGGCUGACACAUCUAGUCAAGCGUUUAUCAGAACAGGGAGCUGUGAGACCCGCGAAACCUGCAGAUAGGCCAGAUGAUGAGUGCUUUGAAAGGACUUGA